GUCGUUUGAAAUGCAUUGUGGAAAGACUUGACAUGACAUCACGGCCAGAGUGAAAUGAGUACAACCUUCUUUUCUUGCUGUCCAAGCAAAAUUUAAUUAUUGGCUACGACUGGGGAUCUACAUGGUUCCUGGGAAUUGUUUUCAUUUUCUUUACGUUGUAAGUCUAUACAUCAACGCGAUUCAUUUACUGAAAAAUGGUAAAGAACUGUUUAGUAAAAACUAAAAUGACACUAUUAACAGUUAACAAAAUUAUAAGUGAACAUUGGCGAAUAUUCUGUGAAGCGUUCAUUGGCAUUUGCAAACGCAAAGGAAAUAUACUAAUUGGUCACCACGUGUAUAUUGAACCAACAUUGUCACAUAAUAUUGUACAGCUUUCACGUAACUCAUAUCUCAUGCAUGUAAUAAAUUAACUGUUAUCAAAUAAAAAUUCAUUCAUUCCUCCAUUGCACCUAGCACAAAAUGUUUUAAAAUAGGCGUGGUCCUCAAAUGUCAUCCUUAAGAAACGUAUGACGUCAAAGAUAAAAUGGCGCAAGCGCUGUAGAUUGAAAACAAUAUCGAGUGUGUUUACGGGAAACAGGACUUCGAAUGUUUUGAUUGAAAGCUUAAAGAAAAUUUGUAAAAAUGACAGCUGGAAAACAAGAUUACCCAAAGGCAUCAAAUGCUCUGGUGUUUGGUGGAAUGCUGACAUUCAUAGCUGGUAUGAUGCUUCUUAUGGCAUUUGCAAGCCCAUAUUGGAUACAGUCAUAUCAGGAAACAUUUAGUAAUUUUAAGCACAUGGGAUUGUGGGAGUACUGCUUUGAACAAUUCCGUUAUCCGUAUUAUCAGUUUCCUAAACUGUUUGAUGGAUGUCACUACGUAUUCAGUCAAGAAUAUUAUGUUAUUAGAGAAUGGUUGCUUCCAGGUUGGCUUAUGGUUGUUCAGGCUUUCGUAACAUUAGCACUGAUGUUGUCAUUCACAUCUCAAAGCAUCAUUGCUCUGGAACUUGUCCGUUGGCCACUGGAAUUUGUCUUGACAUACGAGUGGUUUUUAUCAGGAAUUGCUUUCUUGUGCAAUGCUAUCACAGCUGCUUUCUUGUUCUUGGCUGUAACUAUAUUUGGCGGGGAAUGUUGGCGCCGUGACUGGAUAAUGUACCCUAAUUUCAACUACCUCUCUUGGUCUUACGGAUUUGCUGUGUUAUCAAUGUUUUGUCAUGGAUUUUCAGCAUUGUUUGUGUACUUGGAUGCUCGUAAGAACUGGAUAAUGCGCAAAGAAAGUCAGAAUUUGGUUGCACAGAUGCACCCUAAUCCUGGCCGUAAUGGUUUUGUAUGAAAACAAGAUUGAAAAGUGAUAGUUGUACUUUCUUGCCAUGUUUGCUGGAAAUCAGUGGCAGAGAGUACUGAGCAUUAGAUGUGCAAUCUGUAUAUUUCCAGGAGGAAUUUAUCUGGUAUCUAAUGAACUGUAUGUGAAAAUUACAGAAUUUUAUGCCUUCGGUAUAUCUUACACUUCCAGUUAUUCUGAUUGAUUAUCUUAACAAUAUUUUAAGUGUCACAUUUGCUUUUAAUUUUAGAACACACAACAAAUAAGUAUUUUUCUGUAUAAUUGCCUGUGAAUAAUCAUCUGUUACGCACAAAGUGGCACACGGGAGCACAUUUACUUUUUUUUUCUUCCCAUAUGUAAGUUAGUUUUAAGAAUAAAGUUGAAUCUCACUAUAUAUUGCAUUUUAAUGUGCUUACAGGCAGUAACAAGAUGUAAACACAGGUAAUUCAUAGCUUUAGUCUUAUAUUUUAUAUCACAUUUUAGCAUACGAAAUGUUAUUAACACUAACUGCAAAGGAAAACGAAUGUUUGUGUGUUUUUCUUCUUCUAUUUGUGCAUAAGGUGCAACACAAAAUUGUUUUGGCCUAGUGCAGUACAAGCAAUCUUUUUUGUGACAUGUAUCUCAACAAAAUAACAAUUAAGUGUGAUGAUACCUGAUCAAUUAUCACAAAUAAUGCAAAAUGACUAGAGAGAUUUGCAACAAUAUGUUAAAAAAGCAGCAGUAUUCACAGGAUUUAUCACAUAAAUAUGUUGCUGGUGGUGGAUCUCAUGUUAAAUUUCAGUACUCGAGGUGCUAAUAAAAAGUGAGAAUGGUUAAAAGACAGCAAAAGUGAGCUGAAUAAUAAUGCACUGUUGUUAAUAUUGUGUGCAAGUUAGAUUUACUGUUAGCAUUUGAAUACAUUGCUAUUAAUGUACUGAUUUUACCUGUAUUGUUGUCAUAGUUGGAAAGUGAAUUAUUAUGAUUGUAUUUUUAAGUCAAAAGGUAAUGUACCAAAGUCUACUUUCUGUAGAGAUAUUAUUGAAAGAUAUGGCAAUGUUUCCAGUGGUCACAUAAUUGUUAAAAGUUAUCAGAGAAAACAGGUUCAUGUGCAGGGGAAAACUUAGCACCUCAAAAUUUGCCAAUUAAUGGAGAGUGAACUUGGUAGAUGUGCGUGUUGUUAGCCAUCCUACAUUACAAUUUAACUCCAAAAGAUUUUUUGUUUUGCUGCUCUUAUGAACCUAUUCCCUUUAUUUACGUAUUAGUUGGUACUAUGGUAUUUUAUGCCUCUAUUUUUGGGCUUCAGAGAUUUACUGUAGCAUGCGAGUCACUAAUUUUCUCUAGUUAUGAUACGGAAGUCCACUGAACAUACCAAAGAGCAAAUGUAAUGGCCUAAAUAUCCCAAAUGUGUAAUUGCAAGAAAUCCCACAUUUCUUUGGACUGACAUGGAUAUCCCCAGUUAAUCAACCUAUCAAAAGUUUCAUGCGAUAUGCAACAGACAGUGCAGUAUUCUUACAUCUGUUAUGAUUUUGUAGAAUGUUAACAUGAGAGAAAUGUUGGGAAUUGGCUCAAAACUGAUGACUAUGUCAUUAGAGGUUGAUGUAUGCUAACAGCUUUUACUGCACUGUAAAAUAUGAUAAGGAAUUGCUUGAUUGCAUUUAACCAGUAAUUAAAUGUUCAGGUUGCUGGAAUUGUGCAAAUAUUACACAGUUGCACAAAAUAUGACAUAUAUGCAGUAUAUAUUCUAGCUAAUUCAGAACUGUGGGAACAAUAAAUUUUGUUAAAAACUGUUCCAUUACGAAGAUUUCAAUUUUUGUGUACACUACAAUGAAAACAUUGUGCAUUUAUUCUAUGGUAUAUAUCCACUGGAACAUGCCAUUUUCUUUCAUAACAAUCCGUCCAAAUGUUUUAUUCUUUUAAUAUUGAGGCUGACUAUUAUAAAUUAUACAUGAAGUAUUUUAAUUUUUUGUGGUUUAUAUAAAUGAAAAGUAUAAUGUUAGUUGAAUACAAUCAGUCAGAAACAAAGAUUGUGUUCUUUGUUCCUUCUGUCAUUUUACAUACGACUGUCAUUAAAUAAUUCAGUUUUGUGGAGUCACAAUUAUUACCAAGAAACAGAAACAAAGUGCAAGUUUUUAAUAUGUUCAUGUAUUUUCAGUUAGCAUUUGACUCAGUAUUUAGUGUAUGAUUAAGAACUAGAUUUUAUUGACAGUUUAAAAAUCAAAUUCUAACUGUUGCUGUAUAGAAUGUAUAUUUUUCAAUACAACCAUGUAUUUCUUGGAGAUAUAUAAACUUUGUACUACCUUA